AAGUGUUGUGAGAAGAUUAAACAAUAAUCAAACUCCAUGCAAUAAGGGUCCCACCACACCUCUCAAAUCUGCCGAGUAAGCUACUCAUUUGAUCAAGUUAUAAUGACAUUUAAGUUUUCUUAAUUCAUAAGCAUGAUGAUUUUGGUAAAGGAUCACUCCAUAUCAAAAAGAAAAACUUCUAAUGUUGACAAUUUACCAUUUCCAAAUGAUGUGACAGUAAAAAGCAUUUCACAAGAUACAAAAAUGGUAUCUUGAUAGGAAAUAAUGGAUUCGUGGCAAAAUCUAAAUGGGAAGCCAAAGGCCAAGGGCUGGAAAAGAACCCAAGUGUAAAGAUCUCAUUGAAAUAGAAUGACAUUAAAGUCAAUAUAAUGCGGUCCCCCAGAAACCAAAUUCAGAUUCAGCCCCUAAAUCAGUUUUAUAUGUUCAUACAUCAGAAUUCUCUAGAGAAUAAGCAGAGAGAAAGAAAUAUGGAAGAGUUAGCAAAAGAGCCAGAGAUGAAGCAAAAGAAUAAGGUAAUGAUAGCAAUAGAUGGGAGUGAUAGUAGCAGCUAUGCUCUGAAAUGGGCUUUGCAAAAUCUAGAUGACACCCUUAAAUCUCAUGGUGUCAUUCUAUUUACUGCCAUUUCUGCUGAUUACAGUGGCGUUUUUUCUGGAAGUGUUGGCUCUGUUCCUCUGGACCUGGUAGAUUCAAUGGAAAGUGAUCAGAAAACAUUUGCAGCUUCUCUAUUAGCAAAAGCAAAGGAUGAUUGUGCAAAACAUGGGAUUGAAGCUGAGACAGUUUCACUGACAGGCAGCCCAAAAGCUGUGAUAUGUGAAGCAGUGCAAAAAUUUCAUUGCCAAUUACUUGUCAUGGGCAGUCGUUGUCAGGGACGUAUCAAAAGGGCUGUCCUAGGAAGUGUCAGCGACUACUGCGUGCACCAUGCUAAGUGUCCUGUUCUUGUUGUAAGGCAAUCAGACUGAAGAAAUUCUUUAAUUGCAGUUCUGUAUAGAGAAGAAAAUACGUGUGCAACAUGAAUAACACUACUCUUCUUGUAAAUUACUAGGUGUGUGCUAAUUACUACUUUGUAAUACAAAACAAUGUUAUGUCUAGGUCAGGGGUCGCUCAAGUGGUUUCAGCUACCCCUCGAUACCAUCUCCACUUAGGGUCUCACGGGUUUCUGAGAUAAAAUCCUCCCAAAGUUCUGUAUGGCUUGGCCUUUGGGCAAGUCCUGGGAGAGGGCAGCCUAAAGGAUUCUUGUAUUGCUGUACCCCAAAAAUUAAUAUUACAUUUUUGUAACAUUAUG